AUGACGUCCGAUUUCGGAGCGAAGGAUAUCCUCACCCUCACAAAAACAGCGUGGGAUGUGUAUCACAGCUACUAUAUCGUUGCAAGAGAGGCCCCUGAUGGUUUCCGACAACUGGUAGAUGAGCUGGCUUCUCUUCAAGGGGUUCUCCGUUCUUUACGGGAUCAUAUCCAAUCCAACGGUUCUUUUUUUGAGAAUAUAGGGGAAGAUCGCAAGCGCAUCAUGCAACGAUGUUUAACCGGUUGCCUUAAGACCCUACAGCGACUCAAGGAGCUCAUUACAAGAUAUAGAAAUAUGGGUGUGCGCGAUGGGAGUCAGUUUUGGCAGAAAGUGAAAUGGUCCACUCAGCGCCGGCAGAUCGAUGAACUAAAGUCCAAAAUAAUGAUCAAUACUUGCAAUCUAAACCUGUGUAUGAGUUCGAUUGGCAAUUCUUCACUAGAGCGAAUCGAAAAAUCCAUGAAUGAUGCUCUGGACCGAGAGCGCUUCUCGACUAUAUCGCAAUCCUCCACUCGAAGUGAGAGCCUAGACUCAAAAAUUCCAGAACAAAGGCAUGAAAAUUUAGCGUCCGAUGAGGAGAGGGAGGUUGACUCAAAUGCUGUCGACUACCAAAUGACCGCAGGCCGUCCGUCUAUUUCUACUAAUGACAUUCGCGUCUUUGCGCCUCCCCAGUCCGUUGCUCUGGGACUGUCGGACAGUUCUGGAAUUGUUAAAACAAUGUCAACUCCUGAUAUGCAUUCAACAAAACAAUCUUCUUCACUGGGCUUAACAGAAAACUCGGCCAGCAUAGUCACAUGUAAGCCAGUGACUUUCAACCCUCUCGAGUUUGAACAUGAAAGUGUGGAAUAUCAUUCGGAAGUUCAAGAAAGACCUGUACUGUCUGGAUCUGAAGAAUAUUUCUCUCAUAAGAAUCACCACCAGACAGCGGUCAUGGAUGCUGUGGCUAGCGCUAUGCAACAACUGCAUCAAAUUCGACUUCAAGACCAAUUACACCGGCCACUGCGAUAUGAACCACGCGAUAGAUUCCACCAGCCUGAUGUCGAGCUUUUGAAAAAAUUCGAUACCUUUGCUCACGAUGAGAUGGCGAUUAGACCUAUCAAUACGAAUGACUGGCUGCGGGUUGCAGUAUGGUGGUUACUGAAAGCCCGGACAACCCUUGCGAACUAUGAGAAAUCAGGCCUUAGCAGCAAUAGAGGAAGUUUAAGUUCGUCUACUGAGUCCUGGUCUACGAGCCAACAAGCAUAUGUAGAUCUGUUGAAAGCAUCAUACAUUUUAUACGAUAUUGUCUUGAAAGAUAAAAGCUCUCAGGCAGUGUUAACAGACGAAAAUAGGAAGCUUGUUUCUGAUCUAUCAGAGGGCAUUAAAGAGGAUUUUUCACAGUUCAGCUCCGUCGAUAUUCCCGAAUAUUCUACGAUUCACUCUCAAAACAUUGAUAUUUGGGAACCUUUACAACCAGAAGAAGAGGUAGUAUGUGGUGACAAAACCCUACUCGGUCUAGAAAACGUUCGAUGGAUUGCUGUCGAUCAAGACGACGCUGGAAACGAGGAGGAAAAGGUUCUUUUCCGAACAUUUGUCAAUGCGGGAAUCGGGAGCAAGAGACUUCGUAUGCGAACCAAAGGUGCUCCAUACAUGCUCCUUCUGUCAACAAGAGAAGGGGAGAGUGAACCGAAAAUAACCAUUUGCAAUCAGAGCGGCACACUCUGCCUACAAAGAGAUUUCGUGCCGGAUGAUUUAGUACAUUUAUUGCAAGUAUCGCAUGCAUCUCUCAGUGGUUUCCCUGGGGCAAAAAUCUCAGAACCUAUCGUCUUCAAAUUUGGAUCCAAGGCCAUCUCGAUAUCUUUUCAGUACGCAGCAGAUUUAAUGCAGUUCAUCAAUAUACCUAAGGCUUAUUUCGACGCUGUGUGGCAACGGGAGCCCAUUGACUCUGACCAAUUUUCCGAAACUAUACUAUUUAGAAGCUCACUUGAGUCAUUUGAGCAGUUAAAAGCACCAACCAUGAAACCAAUGAAUCCUCCGAUGGUCCACGGAUCUUGCGAAGUCCGCAUACUAGAACGCUCAUUUGGAGAAGCUUGGAGAUCCAUGCGAAGAAUGGUGAUCAGCUCAUCUGCCGCAGAGCGAAUUCCUCGAUGUAUGGAAUUAUUCAUGCCCAUGAGUCGGGUGCAGGUGUGUCGUGAGGAAGACUCUCGCCAGGUGCUAGUAAAAUGGUCGGAUACACGUCAAGAAAGGUCCACAAAGACCGACGGUAACUAUCAUACUCUAUUUUCCUAUGUUUAUGAUGACAGCUGCCCCAAUAUUGGCAUGAGCAUGCAUUUUGGGACGCAGCAACAGGCCGAGAUAUUUGAAAAUGCAAUCCUGAAUUUAUCUUCCAACCCAAUCUUUUCUUGGACCCAAACCAGCAGCGCUGGUCAGGUUUAUGACGUCGAGGAUGCCGCGCUAGACCAGAAACAAUACAAGGCCGUUUUACUCCUGCAUACUCGACUGUCUUGGAGAUACUGUAACCUCUAUUAUCUCUAUCGCGACACGGACUUUAUCUAUGAAGAUUCAAGCCUCCGUAUUCGGUUCCCGCAUGUUUUUUAUACUGAUUAUAUUUCUUCACACGUCGACAAGCUAUAUCAAGCAGACAGUCCAGUAUUCUUCUCACACUACGAAAAAAGGAUAGGGAACUUUACGGUGGACUUCAAUCAUGCAGCUGUCAUGCGGGGGUUCAUGAGUUCGCUUGCGUCUUCCUACGAGCUUGUGUUCUCCCGACGCGCAGUUUCCCUAGCAACUAAAGGGAAAACCAUUUUCGGUUCCAAGAAGUCAACCAAAGGUGACGCUGAAGUGCAAGUAUGGAGAAAAGGAAACACUGUACGACUUGCGUCACGAUGGCAGGAUCACAUCCCGGACAAAUGGCUCACCAUGUCCAUUUCAUCGGGUCUACUCUCGCUCUCUGCAGACGGUACUCGAGUAGAUUUUCCACCCGUCAAUUAUUCUCGAGGCAUGGUUUUGAAUAUGGCCAGCAUCAUGGCAGGGGCGCCAAGAGACCCAAAUAUGGCGCGGAAGCAUAGAACUAUCACUAUAACCUUUCCAACGGCCAACGUCCAAUAG